AUGAAAAAGAUCACAACAACAGCUGCCUGCAUGAUGGAUCUGCGCAGGUAUCCAUUGGAUGAGCAAAACUGUACUCUGGAGAUAGAAAGCUAUGGCUACACCACAGACGAUAUUGAAUUUUACUGGAAGGGUGAUGGAAACUCAGUCACUGGAGUCAACAACAUUGAGCUGCCUCAGUUCUCAAUCAUGGAUUAUAGAACAGUGUCCAAAAAAGUUGUGUUUACAACAGGAUCUUAUCCGAGGCUGUCAUUAAGUUUUCAACUGAAAAGGAAUAUUGGCUACUUUAUUUUACAAACCUACAUGCCUUCAACUCUUAUUACCAUCUUAUCCUGGGUCUCCUUCUGGAUCAACUAUGAUGCUUCAGCUGCAAGAGUUGCUCUGGGAAUAACAACUGUGCUUACCAUGACAACCAUCAGUACCCAUCUGAGAGAGACGUUGCCUAAAAUCCCAUAUGUGAAAGCAAUUGACAUUUAUUUGAUGGGAUGCUUUGUAUUUGUAUUCCUGGCUCUACUCGAGUAUGCUUUUGUCAACUACAUAUUCUUUGGAAGGGGCCCUCAUCUCCAAAAGAAGGCAGCAGAAAAGGCUGCCAAAGCGAACAAUGAGAAGGGCAGACUAGAAACCAACAAGGUGCAGGUGGAUGCCCAUGGAAAUAUUCUACUUACCACCCUCGAAAUUAGAAAUGAGGUCAGUGGCUCAGAAGUGUUGACAGGCCUUAAUGACCCGCGAGCCACAAUGUUUUCCUAUGACAGUGCCAGCAUCCAGUACAGGAAACCAAUAACAAGUCGGGAUAUCUAUGGAAGAAGUGCUGCUGAGAGACAUAUGGUGCACAAGAAGGGGCGCUUACGGAGGAGGGCGUCUCAGCUGAAAAUUAAGAUACCUGACUUGACUGACGUUAAUGCCAUAGACAAAUGGUCCAGGGUUAUUUUCCCUAUCACAUUUACUUUUUUUAAUGUUGUGUACUGGCUUUAUUAUGUCCAUUAGUGUGGUUACAUUAUUCACUUCAACUACAGUAGAUGUUUUAGUUUUUCAGAUGGUUUCAUUUAUGUAUGGUCCCUAAAGGAUUGCAGUAAAUUAAAUUAAAUUGCUAAGUCGAGGUAAGGUAUUCAGUCACUACUUUCUCUGUAUGUGUACACAGUAGGUAUCAGCUGAAGAUGGAGGAUGUGAAAUAAUUGUUUUUAUUAUUGACACUACUUUGAAUAUAUACAUUUAGAAACAACACUCACAUAAUUCCUAUAGCAUUUGCUUCCAAUAGUAUCCUCCCAUAUAAAAUAGUAUAGUGUUAUGUAGUACUGCUAAAUGUAUAGACUCUUGUCUUCUCUUGUGAAUCUUGUGUUACACCAAAACACUACAGAAUACUCUAAUAUUUUGUAUGGGAAGCUAU